CUGAGAGGCAACGUUAACAGAAGCACACUGUAAGCGUGCACUAUUAAGGGCCCUAGAAAUCUAUUUUACAAAGUGAUAUAAAAUAUGGAUCCAUUAUCGAGCAGCUCUAAACUCAUCUAUAAAAUGUCUGAUGAGGACAUCAAAAAACUGAUUCAGUUGCGUUCAAGCAACUCGGCGCUGUUUGACGGGAGGAAAAAUUCUUCUAAAACAGCGUGGAGCGCAAUUAUCAGAGAAAUGGGGCUUGAGGACAAGGUGACAACUGAACAGAUGGCCAAAAAAUGGGAAAACCUGAAGGCAAGAUAUAAGGAUGCAAAAUAUCCUCCCAAUGGUGUGGAGAAGAACCCCACUUGCUGGAGAUGGUUCAAUCUUAUGGAUGAUGCUCUGGGUGAAGAUUUUGAAGAAAAGAUCAGCCACACAGUGACCACAUCAAUUGGAGGCAGUAAUGAAGCACCUCAACCUAAUAAGAAGUUACGCCAGAUCAAAGUUGGAGGGGAAAUAUUGGAAUUCCUGGAAGAGGAAGGAACUGCAUUAAAUGUAACACCGGUCUGCAGACCACGUAUGGCUAUGCAGGGAAGACAAAAAGGCAAACAAAUGUCUGUGGAACUUAUGAGAACAAAACUUCAAAAAGACAGACAACUUCUGGAGAAUGAACUCGGAGGCCUGGAAAGAGAGAAAGCUCUUCUAGAGCGGGAGAGGGCCCUUGCGGAUAGGGAAAGAGCAGCGCUUCAGAGAGACAAAGCCCAGCUAGAGAAGGACAAAGCUGCUGUCGACCGAGACAAGGCAUCACUGGAGCUAGACAGAGUCCGACUGGAAAAAGACAAAGAAGCUUUAGAGAGGGACAGAGCCACCCUUGAAAGAGACAAAGUAUCGGCAGAUUUCACAAAUCAUGUUAAAAGCAACACAGUAUGCAAUAAACAUGACUGUCCUCAUGAACAGAACAGAGAAAAAUUAAUAUUCCUUCUUGAAAAGGUGAUUGAAAAAAUUUGAAGCAAGUGUGAGAGAGGAAAGGACUCUUUUUUCUUUUUUUUUUUUUUUAAGAAAAAUGCACAUACAGCAAUGAAUGCUGUGAGCUUAAAGGGAUAGUUCACCCAAAAAUGAAAAUUCUCACAUAUUUACUUACCCUCAUGCCACCUCAGAUGUGUAUGACUUUCUUUCUUCUGCUGAACGAAAACAAAGAUAUUUAGAAGAAUAUCUCAGCUCUGUAGGUCCAUACAAUGAAAGUCAACAGGAUCCAAAUCUUUGAAGCUCCAAAAUCAAAUAAAGGCAACAUAAAAGUAAUCCGUAUGACUCUUGUGGUUUAAUCCAUGUCUUCAGAAGCAAUAUGAUAGGUGCUGGUGAGAAACAGAUCAAUAUUUAAGUCAUUUUUUACUAUAAGUCUUCCAUUUUCACAUUCCUCUUUUGUUUUUGCAAUUCACAUUCUUCCUGCAUAUCGCCACCUACUGGGCAGGGAGGAGAAUUUAUAGUUAAAAAAGACUUAAAUAUUAAUCUGUUUUACUCCCAUGCUUAUCAGAUCACUUCUGAAGACAUGGAUUUAUCCACUUGAGUCUCAUGGAUUACUUUUUUGCUGCCUUUAUGUGAUUUUUUGAGCUUCAAAGUUUUGGACCCUGUUGACUUGCAUUGUAUGGACCUACAGAGCUGAAAUAUUCUUCUAAAAAUCUUCAGCAGAAGAAAGAAAUUAAGCUAAAACUGAAUGCUCCUUGGGUUGUUGUCUUUUUGUGGUGUAGAGAUACAUUUGAACAUCUAACCUUUGUCAGUACCUAAAUUUUGUAUUUCAUUCUCCAGAACUGAUCACAUUUGUUGAACAUGCACAAAUGUGUCUCAUAGAAUGGAUUACACUUGCCACAAACAAAGUGACAGGGAGCAUAAGAAAUGUUAAAAGUUUGAAUGACCUAUGUUCCCAAACAAAAAGGUUUUGGGGUUUGUUUACUGAUUUGUAAAUACUGAUGACUGACUCUUAAGAAAUUUGGAGUAUGACACUUUAUCCAUAUCUCAGAGAAAAAAAGUGUCUGUAAGUGAAGUAAAUUAUUU